AUGGCCGGGCGGGCUGUCACCCGCAAGCCUUCACGCUGCCCGUGUCCCGGCUCUCCAGCACGGGAAGGCGGCCACCACAAGAGGACACCCAUGCCCGCAAGGGGCUUUGCGAGCCCGAGCCCGGCACAUUCAAACUCCCCGGCAGUUCCGAGCCGAGGAAACAAACAACAACCGCGGGGCAUGGAGCGGAGCCGAGGAUCGCACCUGGGCGCGCAGGGGCACCCACAGGGGAGCGGCGGCCGCUCCGAGCUCCCGCAGACCCUCCCGCCUCGGGAAACCCGGGUGGGGACACGCAGGAGAGGCUCCCCCCACCCCGUACGAGCCCGGAGGGACGCGGGAGAGGCUGCGAGCGCUCAGGGGGAGCGAGCCCGGGUCCCGCAGCCCCGCGGGGCUCCCCCGGGGCCGCCCUUACCUCGGGGCCUGGCGGCAGCGCUGCCCGAGCGAGUGAGCGCGGCCCCGCCGCCAACGCCGCCUUAUAUCGGCGGCCGUGAGGGGAGCCCGCCUCCCGGGGGCGGCUCCGGCCGCCCGGCUCCCAUCGGCACGGCCCCGGUACGGCCCCACAGGCGUUCAACACGGCCAGAGAUCAGCUCAGCCCAGCCCCGGCUCGGCCCCAGAUCGGCCCGGCCCAGCCCCGGCUCGGAGCGGCCCCGGCCCGGCCCCGGCCGGGUCUCCGGGAACGGGAGCAAGGGGUGCGGGCAGCCAGGGUAG